UCUUCUUCCCGAAUAGCGACGUUUCGCCCUUACGGCGGCUGCGCAUCCAGCGAGCGCAGGAGUAUGGUGCUCUCUGGGCUCGCACUUGGGGUGAUAAUGUCACGCAUGUGAUUGUUGACAAAGGUUUGACUUUUCAGGAGGUUUUUGAUGAAGCCGAACAUUGCCCUCCUCGAUGAGAGUUAUCCCUCGGAAUGCAUAAAGUUUCGAACGGUCAUAAGUACAUCUCAUGUGCGAUUCCGAAUAACAGGGAUGCCGGUCGUCUCAAAAGCAACGGAGGAACCCCAGCAAAAUGAACCCUCGGAUGAGUCUUUGCCGUUGAAACCAACUGGUAGACAAAAGCGACAGCUUGAAACUCAGUCUCAGCCCUCUGAGAGCGAAGACGACUCGGAAUACCCUCCCGAUGCACAAAAGCCCAACGGCUACUCAGACGAGGCACAGAAGGAGGUGGUCUAUGAGCCACUUCGUGAGCGAGAUGCCUUGGAUGACAUGAUUGAUGAAGCAAAAGCUGUGAAGGACUUGCCUUUGGAGCCGUUGGACUCUCUUGAUGAUGAACCUACCACCGAAGAGGCCGAUCUGGAGACCUCCGAAGAAUCAGAGUGCCAGCCAAACCCGCGAAAGAGAAAAAGAACCUCCAAAUUGGAUAACGAAGGAAAAGAUGAUUGGCAACAAAAAUUUACCUGCAUGCAGAAGCAUGAUCCGAAGUCGAAUCCCGAGAAUCCCAACAGACGGACUAUUGAUGUCCUUCAGCAGAUGCUGGACUAUUAUACACGGACUGAUGACCACUGGCGUACGCUUGCCUAUCGCAAAGCUAUCGCCGCUCUUCGGAGGCAGCCAAAGAAGAUUGUCACGAGAUUGCAGGCAAUUGCUCUCCCAGGAGUAGGGCUGCGCUUGGCAGAUAAGAUCGAGGAAAUUGUGUGCACAAACCGGCUCCGUCGCUUGGAAAGUACCAAUAUUACACGCGAGGAUGUCAUACUCCAAGAGUUUUUGGGUGUUUACGGAGCUGGGAUUUCACAGGCCUCGAAGUGGGUUGCUAAAGGCUAUAGAUCACUAGAGGAUCUAAGGACUAAAGCGUCCCUGACCCCUCAGCAACAAAUCGGUGUCGAGCACUACCAUGAUUUCUCUCAACGGAUCCCGCGAAAAGAAGUAGAGACACAUGGCGAGAUCGUCCAAAGGGUCGUGCAAAAGGCAGACCCUGGAAUGCAGGUCAUCAUCGCUGGGUCUUACCGACGUGGCGCUGCUGACUGCGGAGACAUCGAUCUACUAAUCACCAAGCCAGAUGCGACGAUUGAGCAGAUUCGAGCCUUGAUGAUGGACGUGGUAGUCCCGAAACUCUUCAAACGGGGCUUCCUACAGGCCAGCUUGGCGAUUACGUCGCGAGGGGAUGGGUCUAAGUGGCAUGGCGCAUCUCUAGCUCCGGGCAGCCAGAUCUGGCGACGGAUCGAUCUUCUUUUCGUGCCGGGCUCGGAGAUUGGCGCUGCACUGCUUUACUUUACUGGGAAUGACAUUUUCAAUCGAAGCAUGAGGCUAUUGGCAAGCAAGAAAGGCAUGCGGUUGAAUCAGCGCGGACUAUAUACGGACGUACUGCGAGGGCCGCAGCGGGUGAAGUUGAACACCGGUCGGCUGCUUGAGGGUCGUGACGAGCGACGCAUUUUCGAGAUUCUGGGAGUUCCAUGGCGUCCUCCCGAACAUCGUAUAUGCUGACGUGCCCGGUCUUUUUUUUUUUUUUUUUUUUUUUUGGUUCUGUUUUUUUUUU